UAAUGCUCGUUGCAGUGCAACAAAAGCUGGGGGCUGCAAGUGGACAUGCUGGUGUGGUUAUACAAAUAAUUAACAGUUCUUGCACAACAUAUGUCCUUUGUACUCUUGUCUAUUUUCCCCCCCAAAGAGGCAUAUGCAUGGGGUUGAGAUUGCGGGCAGAGAGCAGAGGACAGAAAGUCAAGCAAAAAAAUAUGGAGUCUGCCAACCUUGCUGCGCAGCUUUGUGUUCAGUACAGGUAUGGGGUAGAAGUUACCCGAGGAUCAGCACCAGGCUCCAUGAGAGACUUUUCCAGAAUGAGCUACAUAAAUAGAUGUGAUUGUCUCUGCAUUUUGUGAAACCUGGGGAUACAGCCAAUUCCUGCCCUAUGCUGAAAUCAUGGUUUUAACAUUUUCAAGAAAGUCUGUAUCACAGAAACUAAGUAUUCUACUCCUUGCUUUUGGAUUCAUCUGGGGACUGAUGUUGCUGCGCUACACUUUUCAGUAUCCGAGACACCAGAGCAGCACGGAGCUCAGAGAUCAAAUAUUAGACUUGAGCAGAAGAUAUGUCAAAGCUUUGGCUGAAGAGAAUAAAGAUUUAAUGGAUGGAGGAAAUGGGGGCUCCAUGGCAGGAUAUGCUGACUUGAAGAGAACAAUUGCUGUCCUCUUGGAUGAUAUUCUACAGCGGCUUGGAAAGCUCGAGAACAAAAUUGACUACUUUGUAGUGAACGGAUCAUCCAAUAACAGCACCAAUAGCACUGGUGGAAACCUUGUCCCGUUAACUACAAGUAAACGCGUGAAUGCGUCAGCAAACAGGAGAUAGCAAGAGAGUGCCAUUCCAGCCAUUUUAUCAGGCCCAGUACACUAUGAACAACUUUAUUGGCAUUUCUGGCUAGAUCUGUGCUUUAUUUUAGUUUGCCUUGUAAGCAGCUGUAGCAUAAAGUGCAAAACACAGCAGUUUUAUCUGGCGCUGUAAGAACGUAGAGAAUAUCAGCCAUAUUAAGUUUAUAAUAUUUUAUUUUUUUCCCCAUCUAUAAAAUGUUUUCUAGAAGUGAGUUUUGAUGCAUUGUCCUGGAGUUUAUACCCUUAGUAUUUUAAAUUAAAAAUAAGUACCAAUAAUAUAAAUGACAUACUUGUAUAUUAUAUUUUGCUACAUGGUAAAUGUUAUGUUUGAGCUGGAGGUUUGACCCAAAGAAUGUAUUUAUUUGCACUAUUUGUUAGCAAGACUGUAGAUGAAUUGCAGUCAUUAUGAUUAUUUAUGUGGACACUUGACAAAUAAAUAAUGUAUUACAGUUAUUUUAAUGGAAUUUGCUAAGGAUGUCAUAGGAGAUUUCAGCAACAAACAAGUAAUCGCCCCUUUCAGUUCUGUGUAUUGUUUCUUUGAUUUAAGUCCUUAGGAACAGUUUGGAGUCUUAUUUAGAACACCUACUUGGAUUGGAGAGACGUUCUCAAAAGACUUAUUUUAUCUCUCUCCAAAGUCACAGAUUGGCAGAUAUCCUGAGGCAGUUAUGUUGGCCUUCCAUGUUCACAUUGUUGCAUACAAGAUUUCUUGCAGUGUUUGGGACAUAGGAAUGAUUGAAACAGGCAUCUGGUACCAUCAAUACUGGUUAUACUAGUCAAACAAGCAACCUACAAUGAUAGAACAGCAGUGGCAAAGAAAAACAUUCCUGAUUAGUGUCUGUACAAACAUUACUGACCACUUUUCCUUGCAAACAGUCUCAUCUCCAAGAAGGUUGCUUAUAUUAAUGCUUUAUUGUUCUUGUUACCAAACUAGUAACUUAAGGCUGACGCCACACGGAGCUGGCUCUCAGCCAGUGGAAAAACACAGGCCAUGAAUCUGCUCCUAAACUGGCAUCAGCCUUCAUCCUUGCCUGCUCCAGCAACCAUUGUGUUGUCUUGUGUGCAGGUACAAUUGGCAUAUGUUUAGAGUAUAUACAUUUCUGUGUUGUAAUCCGCAAAGUGGCAUUAGCCUAAGGGCUAUGGCACACUAUGCCUUUACUCCUACAGUGGGCAAACAAAAGGAAGUUAUGAGCCAAAACCUUUAUGGACAUCAAGAGGAGAACAAUCUGCAUGUCACUGCACACACUGGGUGGAUUUUAACCAGAAGAUGCUUGUGUGCAUUUGUGUGCAUCCUCCCUGUGUGAGCAGAAACAGAUACCCCCUUUUUUCAAUGCAGACAUAUACAGGGCAGUUGCGGCUUAUACCUGCCUUUUCAGCGAUGGUGGAGAAAUAAAACCACAGAAUUGCAGUAUUCUGUGCACUUAUAGGUGAAUCUGCUGUUCUUCCCUGACUAGGGGAGCAAAAGACAAAAACUAACCUAGUUUGUUUUUGCAGACCUAGAAACAUUGGCAGAUAAAAUUUACCAGGGGGUAAAAGGACCUAAUAUGUAGUCCUUGCUGGACCACCACUUCUUCCCACAAGGGUGUGGGUCCUGUAAGACAGUUACCCAGCACAUUUUUUAGGAAAGAGUGGUGAGGCUAAACAACAAUCCAUGGCUGACUGCAUUGGCCUCAGAACUGUAUACAUCCUGAUUUGUAGCUAGUUGCACACUGAUUCUCUCCUCUUAGCAUCCAAAUGUUGCCCUUCCUUUUUUUAUUAGAGUCAUAUAUGACAAAUUAAUAUGGGCUGUCAGAUUGGUCAUUUUAAAAAAGUCCAAUAUUUUAUUCUCUUUUUAAUCCAAUAUAAAUCUUCUUAAAAUAUUUACAUUUGGCUGCAGUUCAGAAGAUAAAUGCACCAAGGUUUCAGCUUCUGGAAGCUCUAAAAAGCAGUGGCAUUUUGAAUAAUGUGGCUUUUUUUGGGUAAUAUACCUGUAAUCCCCACAAACCUUUCCUUGUUAUAUUUAUGGGAAUCGCUGGUCUUGUGGCAACCUGUAGAGAUUAUUGCUUGGAAAUGAUAGAGGGUCAUUAUUACUUUCCUAGAGAAAAUUCAAAGUGAUCAAAACACCCCUUGUUUUAACUCACUUAGUUGUUGUCCAUCCUGAAUUAGAAAAAGAUUCUGCACUUCCUUACAUUUCUCCCCAACAGCAUGAACCAAUGGAGUAGGAAUGGGUAAGUCUGUGGGUGGGCAUGACAGCUAGAGGUGUUCUAAAGCUUUCCCUGCUUUAGGGAAGAUGAUCUGUUCAUCUGUAAAAUGCUCACAUGUCAAUGACUAAAACGCCACUGGGUCCCCUAAAGUUUCCUCCCUAGCACUGUGACUGCUUAUGGUCCCUGAAUUUCAAAAAUCGUCCAUUUGCACAGUAUGUGACUUAAAUAAUCUGGCAAAUCUGCAUGUUACACACACAAGUGAAAGGUCAUGCAGAUGAAUUGAUUACAUUAGAUAUAUCUGUAACUAUUACUUCCAAUUAAACUAGUGAUACUGCAGGGGUCCGAUUUAACACAGGAAUCCCUGUACCCCUUAUUUCUUGUGCAUUAUAUAAGCACAUCAAUGCUCACACAUGCUUAGUGCAGAAGAAAAGGUCCAGCUGUAUAAUAUAUAUAUAUAUAGUCGGAUGGGUUUGCUCCACACCAGUAGUGCUCAUGCACAUUAUUUAAGAACCAUUUAGGGAAGUACCAGAAUUAGCACAACAGGAGUGUGAAAACUGCAGCUGAACUACAACACAGUGAAGCCACUAACAGCCUUGUAUUGGCUGGGGAUUCUGGGAGCUGUAUUCCAGCAGUUUUCAUACGCCAUCUUACCACUGUAGAACAAAGAGCUGCCCUUUUCCUAUGAUAUGUAAUGUAAUUGUCAACCAGCGAGUGAAAUGAUUAAAGCCUUUACAACAGAAAAUGUUAUUCUAUUGUGUUGUACUCCUUGUGCCAUUUCGAUAACAUGUGCUCCGUGUUCUCUCUCCUAAUGUAGGCUAACCAGUGUUCCCUGUUGGUAACAGUAAGCUUUGUUGUGCCUUAUGAUGACCAAUGUCCUUGGUAUGUAACAUUUUCCUGCUCACGGGCAAUAAAAGUAAUACUGAUCAUUCUCUAAA